AUGUGGGCAAUCGCAAAAGCUAUUGAGUUAGCAGUAGAGGACAAACUGGAAAAAAUUGUCAUUUUCACUGAUAGCUUAACGUCUUGUCACCUUGUGGAGAAGAAUGAAUCAAAUAAUUAUCUAGCAGCUAAAAUUCAUAAGUCACUCAACAGCAGCAAUCUGGUGUGUGAAAUAGUUUGGGUCCCAGGACACGUUGGCAUUGAGAUCAAUGAGAUAGCAGACGAUUUGGCUAAAUGGGCAGUAAAUGUGGGUGCUCCUUUGAAAGUUAAACUCACACCUGAAGAGGCUUUAAGGCAAAUAAAUGUGUCAAUCAAAGAUGAAUGGAAUAUGCAGUACAAAAGGAUCUCACAUGAGAAAGGCAAGAGGUUCGCGGAAUUCUUCCCAGAGAUUCCUAACAAACCCUGGUAUCACAAUUCCACACUUAACGCAAGAGAGAUUAAGACUAUAAAUAGACUGUUAACCGGACACACCUACGACAAUGUAUAUUUAAACAGAAUUAGAGUAGUUAGUACAAACAUAUGUGAAGAAUGCAAUAUAAUUGACGAUUAUACCCACAUGAUCUUUGCUUGCCACAAAUAUAGUAGUAUAAGAAAUAAGUACGAUGCAGUCAAGAACCACAAUGAUUGCACUGAUAUAUUAAAAAAACGAGACCCUACAACUCUCAAAGAUUUAUGCAACUUCAUAAAAGAAGCUGAAUUAGAAAUUUAA